AUGGACAGACCCCCCUUUUUUCUUUUUCUUUUGGUUCUAGCCUCUCAUUGGAUAUUGUCCAUGUUUUUAUGUGACUGCAUGGUCGUCGGGCGAGGAGAUGGCCCCCGCCAAGAAGCGCGUUGGAUGCUGGCCACGUACCGCGACGCAGAUUCCCGCAGCUGCAUGCCUUGGCUUGACGCAGAGUCGGCCGUCUUUGGCUCCGAUAGGCCGACUGGUGGCAACCGGGCGGGUUGGUUGAGGCGUCCAUGUCAAUCCGUCCAAAUCACCCUGUGUCACCCACAUGGCAGCUGCCUCUGGGCCAACCAGAACACGAUGAUUUUGCUUGUAUGGGGAUGUACAUAUGCAUGGCCAACCCGAGGGGUAUCGCAUUUGAUCUCGACACCUGUAUUUGCCAGUGUGCCAGUCCAGCGCAGUAGCGGGCGAGGGCACAUGAGAAUGACGCCACUUCCAAACCAAGCCCAGUUGGGUAGACUGUCUGUCGUCAGCUUGAUCACGGCAAACACGACAGCCCCGACACCGGGUCGGUGCAGCAAACCAAGCCAAGCCCUGCCCUCGCAGGACUGGCGGGCAUGGGAGAGAAAGCAAGAACCGAAAAGCACUGCUAUGAGAACCUUUGAGCCGGCUUGGCAGCCGCCCUGCCAGUUCCCGACGGGUUCUACAGUUCACCGCCGGCGGCCCGUUGGUUGCGGAGCACAGCCAUGA